CCGUUUAGCGGUACCGGUGCGGAUCCCUAAUUUCCCCGUCCCAUAGCGCAUGCGCGCAGUUGCGGGACUCUCCCGGGGAAGUAAACAACAGUGUGUCGUGGUGGUGUUGGUGUCGACUGCCCAGAGUCCGCUGACAUCACUACCUGUUUGGGUCUUUUAGUGUCAUCUUGUUGCAGCAGUGUUUGAGGCACCAUGACGGAGGUGUUCCAAUUUGGUCUUGUCCCCAUCACCUGCCAUGCCUGGAAUAAGGAUCGCUCCUGUGUGGCACUGAGCCUCAACAACAAUGAGGUCAACAUCUAUGUGCGCGCUGGGUCAGAGUGGCGGCUGCAGGAAACUCUUCAAGGCCAUGACCUGCGUGUUACCGGCAUUGACUGGGCUCCCAACACCAACCGCAUUGUGACCUGUGGGGCUGACCGGAAUGCAUAUGUGUGGACCUGUGGGUCGGAUGGGAAGUGGAGCCCAACCUUGGUGCUGCUCCGUAUCAACCGAGCUGCCACCUGCGUCAAGUGGUCCCCCAACGAGAACAAGUUUGCUGUGGGGUCUGGCGCUCGUCUCAUCUCAGUGUGUUACUUUGAGCAGGAGAACAACUGGUGGGUGUCAAAGCACAUCAAGAAGCCCAUCCGCUCCACCAUCACCACCCUCGACUGGCACCCCAACAAUAUCCUGCUGGCUGCCGGGGCCGCUGACUUCAAGGUGCGUAUCUUCUCUGCCUGGAUCAAGGACAUUGAGCCCAAGCCAACACCAACCCCCUGGGGUGCCAAGAUGCCUCUCGGCCAGAUGAUGACGGAGUUCUCCAACUCUACUGGUGGAGGUGGAUGGGUGCACAGUGUCAGCUUCUCGGGUGACGGGAAUCGAGUGUGCUGGGUGGGCCAUGACUCCAGCCUGACCGUGGCCGACGCAGGGAAGGAGAUGGCCAAGACGCAGCUGAAGACGGAGUACCUGCCCUUCACAGCUGUCACCUGGGUCUCCCUAAACUCACUGGUGGCUGUGGGCCAUGGCUGCUGCCCAAUGCUGUAUUCUGUGGAUGACAUGGGUAAACUGACCUUCGUUACCAAGCUGGACGUGGCUCAGAAGAAAGAGUCAGGAAGCCUCAGCGCCAUGAAAAAGUUCCAGUCACUUGAUCGCACUGCCCGCUCGGACCAGUCGGACACCACCCUGGCUACCAUCCACCAGAACACCAUCACCGGUGUUGCCAUUUACUCUGGGGACAAGGCCAACUGCUCUUCCAUCUCCACCUGCGGCGCCGACUCUCAGCUCGUCAUCUGGAACUUCAAGCUUCUGGAGCAGUCGGUGGCAGAUCUUCGUCUUACCUAAGCAUUCCAGUCAAGAAGGCACCCAGCAAAUUCACUUGAGAACCUGAAGGAUGGAUACUUACUUGUCAUUCAGGGAGGCAUUAUAGGAUGAAAAAAGGAUCAUGACAGAUGUACUUGUUUGUCAUUCACUGAGGUGUCUAAUGUUAUGGGUCAUUUUGUAUGUGAUUUCUGGUGAUGGUGUUACGAGUUCAUCACCUCAUGUUUUAGAUCCAGUAGCUUCUAAGAGCUCUGGGGGUGUUAAGUGGCCUCUUAGAACUCUGGGGGUCUGAGAGCUUUAAGGGCCUAAGUGACUCCUUAGAGCUCUGGGGGUCUUAAGUGGCUUCUAAGAGCUCUGUGGGUCACAAGUUGUUAUUGAUAUGCACACAUAUUCCAUUGUGGUUCAUCAGGGACAUCACCUUGUAGUCAACCUCCUUCCAAUGUUUUAGAAACCCUUACUUGCGCCACUAAAAAUGUGAGAAGUACUUUAUUUCAGUCUCAAUGGGAACACUAUAUGAUUUUUUAUAGAACCAAGUGAAUGCAACACAUUUAUCAGCUCAUGAAGUAGUUGAACUAGGAAAGACUAAGUUAAUGGUGGACAGACAGACUAAAUGCUAAGUAAGAUAUAUAGUUUGAAAGGUUUGAUAUCCUUAUUUUACUAGGAACAAAUGAAUGCAGUAAGUUAAGCAGCUCAAGAAAUAACUGAGCAAGGAUAUGUAAUGUGACAAAGAUAAGUGACUGAAGAAGGAUAUGAAGUAGGAUAAUGAGUUGUUCUUAGUAUGGACAGUGAAACGGACCAAGGAUUGAAAAAAAGCUUGAAGUGCUUGUAAUAGAAUAUGAAUAUAAAGAAAAAUAGAAAACGACAGCAAGGAAGAAUGAUCAACUUAGAGGUAUGUUAUUUCCAGCACUUCACUAACCACAGGAGUCCAUACAAUCCAUUAAAUAUACUGAAUGAAUUGGGAUUUUUAGAGGUAGAAAUAGCACUGGAUCAAGCAAAAUGGAGGAAGAUCAAUGCAAGUCCAACCCCAAGAAAGGGAGAAGAUGGACUAUAAUCGAAGAAACAGAAAAAGAAUUGGGGUUUAUAAUUAUACACUGUGAUUUGAUUGAUUAACUUAAGCAUUAUAUCCCAUCCUGUAGGUCAUGUACACGCCCAUCUUUCCUUUAUCUCUCUUAACCCCUUGACUGCAGAUUUCCUACAGUCAAGCCUCACCAAGCUUCAGGAAUGGAGCAAAAAGUGGCUGCUAUAAUUCAAUGAAGAAAAAUGUAAAGUCCUGCACAUUGGGAGGGGAUACCCAGCACACCAAUACCACAUGGAAAACACUACACUAUCCACCACAGAGCCAGAGGAAGACCUGGGACCAUAUGCUACCAGGCUACCAGUAAAAGCCAAAUCCAUGCCAGUUGCAGCGGACGGGUUAAGGCAGAUAAAUAUGAUUCGUGGCUCAGCACAACUUGUUCUUAGGGGGAAAUCGGGUUUGUAAUGUUUUGUGUGUUCCAUAAUAUCUGUUGAUUAUUACCACUGUUGGGUGCCAUGUGAAUAAGCCAGUCAGUUUACUUGAUGUGAUCUGUGGAAUAAAAGUUAUGAUUGGGA